CAACUAGAUUUCUCUCUGCUGUGUGAAAAUGCUAAGCUAUUGAAGUACGUCGUGAGCUAAGCAACAGCAGGUGAGAGGCGAGACGUGAGAGGUCGUUCCGGGCAGGUCUAAUAACAAGUGUAAUUACAUCGGUGAUUAUCGUGAAUGCUCAUUCCUGAUUGGUCGCGCAAAACGCGAUAAUCAGCCAUUGCGUCUUUUGGAAAUGGCGGCAAAGUCAAUUAUGGCUUACGAGGCAUAGUUUUGCAACGGCUGCCAGUGUUCGUGUCAUAAGUAAAAGGUUACAGACGUAAAGAAUUUGAAUCAGGAUCGGUGAUUUAAAAACCUCCGCUGAUCUAAGCUAGCCUGCGCGCAGACUGGAUCGGGAUGGAUAGACAUCGGGUAACACCAUUGGGGACUGGAAUCUCAUCUUGGUUGAGAUUUGAUUCACUCAAGGUCGACGAUCGACAUCAAACAGAGAUAUACAGUUUCAAGAAUAUAAUUAUAUAAAAAUGGACUAAAUGAAAUUCACAUACCAUAUGUAACCUAAACCUCUAUUCAUGCACUGAUGAUUUGCUGAGCAGAGCGUGCCGUUCUAGGCCCGUUUUAGACUGAGCUUAUCAGAGUAAAGAAUACCUGUAUUCAUCUUAUGGUUUUAACAGAUAAGAGGGAAUUCGAAAGAUUUAGCACUUCACAGGAAGGAUGCGUUAUAUAACUGUAUUUUGCGGACGUUACAGUCUGGAAACAGGAACGCGGUUUGUGGCUUGGUUUAAUAUCGUUUUAUAUUUAAUGAACAUUAUUUUGAACAUCACUUCUGUGGAAGCUGUGAAGUCUUACAGAGACAAUAUUGACGAACACAUAGAUUAUGACGAAGACAAGCUACUUGCCUUCAAUUAUAUUUGUCUGACAUUUGGGGUUGUGACAAUCUUGCUGUCAACGGCCUUCCUGGUGAAAUAUUCUGAGUCCGAAGAUUUUAUACACUUCAUGAUAAGAUGGAAUGUCGUGAGGUGUAUCUUUGUUUUUGCUGCCAUUAUUUACGUCACAGUCGAUAUGGACCACAUAAUAACUGUAGCCUUGUCAUCAGUCCUGAUCACAGUCGACCUCUGUGCGUCGACCUACUUUACUGGUGUGAUGGCAUCAUACGUUAAACAGUUAGAAGAUCCAAACUGGCAGGUGCAUUCAAGUCAGCCAGAUAAAACUGCAGAACCCUCUAUUCAUUUGGUUUCUCAUAAAAAAUCUUUACCAACGGAAAAGGUCAGCUAUUUUAAUGAAGUUGCAUAUACAGCGUCUCCAAGUUUUGUAGAUGUUUCAUUGGAUGAUGAAGAACCCGGAGAAGUUGUAACAGAGGAUCACAAUUCAACAGCAACGGCGAAUGACCGUAUUAAGAGUGCAUUAGCUACAAAAGGACCAUCAAGUAAAGUGUUUGGUGAAUCUGGUGAUGGUAACGAGAUAUCAAGCAACGAAGAAUCGCCACUAGAGGAGAAAUCAACAGAAGAAAAGCUUGCCUUGGACAGCGUGAAUCAGAAUUUAACUUCCUCGGAAGGAAUGACAGUGCCGACUGUGGAGAAUUCUGAGACUGAAACUGAGAAACAUUCUGAGAACGAAGAAACAAAGAAUAUCCUAGAAAAGGAGAAAGAUGCCAAUGAGAAUGGAGUUGCAAAUGUAGCAUUUGACGCAGGCGAAACAGAUCCACCAACUGUUGUCCUUAUACCAGCCAGUCCUGUUGAAAAUGCGGAUUUGAACGGGAAUACGAACGAGAGAGGCGAAGACAAGGCGGGAGAAGAGAAUCCUGCGUUUGAGCAAGUUGAUGCUGACGAGACCACCUGAAGAGGUGUAAAAUGACUUUAUAUUCAAAUGAUUAUUUACUCUUUCGCAUUAACUCUACUAAGCAGUUAACAAGACUAACGUCUAACGAUAUUCCUAUGAUUGUAAACUACAACAGCACCUACGUGGCUACUUGCAAUGAUUGCAAUCAAAAUAUAGCAGUCUCAGUAGGCUAACUGUUGAUUUUGCUACUAAUCAUGUUAUAUACUGUGAUCAUUUUUAUAAACUAUUGAC